AGCAGCCGCACUCUGCCCUCCACUCACCCUCACUCACUCACUCACUCUUCACAGGUCACCAUUACCCACUUGCUCCUGAGACCGCCGGCCGGCCCUCACCGUCUCCCUCCGCCGGCGCACCGAACUCGGCAGUCCCUGUAGGGAGGAGAGAAGAAUCGCGCCUCCCUUGAUCUGCUCCCAGAAAUUGCGGCGAAGGUCUUGUUGAAGCAGGUGGUGGAGGAAGCUGCGUUGGCAGUGGCAGGCUCAUCCCUCUGCUGGCAAUGAGAUGAGCCCCCUGCUGUUUGCAGAGGCUGACCUUGGUGAUCUCCAUUGAUCCCUGCCAAUCAGCUGGGAGAUGGCCUUUUCCGGACAGAGGCAUGUCGGUGCCGCCGGGAGCUCGUCGCGGCAGGGGAAUGGCUUCAAGGGGCAGGCCAGCUCAGUUGAGUUCUUAGGAAGGGGGAUGGUGGGGAUGCAGCUCAGAGAUGCAAAGCCUGAUGCUGAUGAUGAUGAAAGGGACAAUGAGCCAGAUGUGGUUGCAGAUUCUGGUGCUGAAGCUGGUCAGAUAAUUGCAACCACAAUCCGUGGUCGAAAUGGUCUACCUAAACAGUCCAUCAGUUACAUCGCUGAACAUGUGGUCGGAACUGGUUCUUUUGGGGUUGUGUUCCAGGCCAAAUGUCGAGAAACAGGAGAAGUUGUUGCCAUCAAAAAGGUUCUUCAAGAUAAGCGAUACAAAAACAGGGAAUUACAGAUUAUGCAUAUGCUUGACCAUCCUAACAUUGUUGGUCUUAAGCAUUAUUUCUUUUCAACCACUGAAAAGGAUGAGCUCUAUCUCAAUCUUGUCCUUGAGUUUGUUCCAGAGACAGUAAAUCGGAUGGCAAGACAGUACAACAGAAUGAAUCAAAAAGUGCCCCUCAUUUAUGUCAAACUAUACACUUAUCAGAUAUGCCGAGCACUUGCUUAUAUACAUAACUGCGUUGGCAUCUGCCACCGUGAUAUCAAACCACAGAACGUUCUCGUUAACCCACAUACACACCAGCUCAAAAUAUGUGAUUUUGGCAGUGCAAAGAUAUUGGUCAAGGGAGAACCAAAUAUCUCCUACAUAUGCUCAAGAUACUACCGAGCACCAGAACUCAUCUUUGGUGCAACUGAAUAUACUACUGCCAUUGAUCUGUGGUCCACAGGCUGUGUCAUGGCAGAGCUGCUGCUCGGACAGCCUAUUUUUCCUGGGGAAAGUGGAGUUGAUCAGCUGGUUGAGAUUAUCAAGGUCUUGGGUACACCAACAAGGGAAGAGAUCAAGUGCAUGAAUCCAAACUACACAGAGUUCAAGUUCCCACAAAUUAAGGCUCAUCCAUGGCACAAGGUUUUCCAGAAGAAGCAUCCACCCGAAGCAAUGGACCUUGUGAGCAGGUUUCUGCAAUACUCGCCAGAUCUUCGAUGCACUGCUAUGGAAGCCUGCAUGCACCCGUUCUUUGAUGAGUUGAGAGAUCCAAACACCCGGCUGCCUAACGGUCGCCCUCUUCCACCCCUCUUCAACUUCAGAACUCAAGAGCUAAACGGCAUACCUCCGGAAGUCGUCGAGCGGCUGGUUCCGGAGCACGCGAGAAGGCAGAACCUGUUCAUGGCGCUCCGCACCUAGUUUUCGCUCUGGCGUUGUUUGGGGUCUGGACUAUGGAGGGAAGCUUGUAAAUUGAGCUGUAGCUUUGUGUGGGUGGGUGACAAGCACUGGUAGCAGAGUUGUCCCAGGAUGCUUGAUGUGAGGUUUGGAGGCUUGAUGGUUGGUGUGUAUAGGCUUGUGAAGGUUUCUUGGUUUGGAGGUCGUGUGCAGCAACAGUGUUUGGGUGAGUUGAUGGUGAAAUCAAAAUCAUUAGGAAAUA